CUACUCCCCACCAGGCGGGGGGUAAUAAAAGGCGGCGAGAGGGGGAGAAGCUUCUCUGCCCUUUCUAGCCCUAGUAACACCGGGCCGGGAAGACUAGAGCUGGCAGCACCCUGCCCCAAAGUGCCCUGCUUCUGCCUAGAGUGCCGUCGGAAGGCGGAGGAGCCGAGGCGCGCGGGCGGUUAGAGCGCCGCCGGAAGAGUCAGGGAGCCAGGACGGCUAGAGCGCCGCCGGAAGUCGGAGGAGUAGAGGCAGCUGGCUCCGAGCAUAGAGCGGCCCUAGGCGGACCUGGUUCCGGGCAUCAUGUCUUAUGCGUAUCUCUUCAAAUACAUCAUCAUCGGCGAUACCGGCGUUGGGAAGUCCUGCCUCCUGCUGCAGUUCACAGACAAGCGCUUCCAGCCUGUCCACGACCUGACCAUUGGUGUCGAAUUCGGGGCACGCAUGAUUGGCAUUGACAACAAGCAGAUCAAGCUGCAGAUCUGGGACACGGCUGGACAGGAAUCUUUCCGCUCGAUCACGCGUUCCUAUUACCGGGGAGCAGCCGGGGCGCUGCUGGUUUACGACAUUACCAGGCGCGAGACCUUCAACCAUUUGACAUCCUGGCUGGAAGAUGCCCGUCAGCACUCUAGCUCCAACAUGGUGAUCAUGCUUAUUGGGAACAAGAGCGACCUGGAGUCGCGGCGGGACGUGCGGAAGGAGGAGGGUGAAGCUUUUGCCCGGGAGCAUGGACUGGUCUUCAUGGAGACGUCAGCUAAAACGGCAGCCAACGUUGAAGAGGCUUUUAUCGACACAGCCAAGGAGAUCUACCGCAAGAUCCAGCAGGGCUUGUUUGACGUGAGCAAUGAGGCCAAUGGCAUCAAAAUUGGCCCACAGCAGCCCAUGGGGACCACGCCGGGAUCCACUGCCCGACGUGGCACGCCAGGCUCGGGAGACAGUUCUGGCUGCUGCUGAGGGCACUGGCUCUCAUUCAAAUAGGAUCUUUCCUCCAUGGCAUGGGGGCAGGGAUGGCGGCUCUGAGCCCUCGUGACGCUACGUUACUUUUUCCUCACCCUUCAGAGAUUGUGGCCGCCUCGCAUCAGUGCCUUCCCCCCCCCCCCCCAACUCAAUUUCCGCCUCCGCUGGAUGCGUUUCUUGCUGCUGGAGGGGAUCUGCGGGUGGCUCAUCGGCUCCCAUGGCUUUAACGCAAUCUCUGCUGCCUGUAAAUGAGCCUUUUCUUUUAAUUAUUUUAUUUUAUUUAGUUUUUAAUGCUGUUUCCCGCUUGUGGCGGGCUCUCCCCAUCGCUGAAUGCUGCUGUGCCACUGGCUAGCUCUGUAAAUCCAACCUACCCCCAAACCGUGUUAUUUUGGGGGCAGAAAUUCCCGCUUGGAGCCCCACUCAUCACCCUGAGUCCCUUUCCACCUCACUCCAACAAAUAAUUUGUUCCUCCUCCUGCCAAAAUUAACUGCUUUCCCCCCUCCUCUGUUCUGUUUAAAAAAACAACCAAACAAAACACGGCCACAGUCAAUGCACCUAUGUAAAUUUUUGAGCCAAUAUGUUUUUGUUUGCUUGUUUUCCUACUUGUGCUACUUGCAGCGAUGAAGGAGAGGAUGAGCAAUUGAGAUAAAAAUGCAAAUGCUUUGGCCAAAAUUGCAUUGUUUUGCCCUCUUCCUCCUCACCAAAAAUAAAUAAACAGUAGAACACACAGAGGGGAAAAAAUAAGGGAAAUAUUUGUUUUUCUUCUGAAAUGGUGCAGAGCCUUCACAUUCACCUGCUCUGUUUAUAAAAAAGAAUAUGAAAGUGUUAUCAAGGUUUCCUCUCUCCCGUUCCUCACCAUUUCUUUGGGAAAGAUGAAAAUCUGCAGCAGUAGAAUUUUUGCUUUUUAUUAUUUAUUUAUAUCCACCCCACCCCACUCCCCAAAAUGAACUAUUUGAGUUUUAAAAGCCACCCCCCACCACCACCAUGAAUUUGCGAGAAAACAGUUUUAGUGGGGAAAGGUCGCUUUGGGAAUGCCCCAGCUCUAAAAACCUGUGCUGGAAAAGGAUUUGAAACAGAAGAGAAAAAUAAUAAAUUCAUAUAUAUAGUUAGUCUUUAACAUCAAGGCUCUGCCCCAGAUUUGACUUCUCUUGGGGUAAAAUGAUGCUGUGUAAAACAGGUAAGAAUGGGUUUUAGGGGCUUAGUAUAACCCCCCCCACCCCCCCGUGAAGGGAGAGAGGUUGGGGGUUGAUUUAAAAAUGUGCUGAUAGUUUUAACUGCGUUUUGGAGGUUUAUGACCCCCAAAUAUAGCUGGUGUGAGGUGUGCAAAUAUGACACUUUUGCAUGGUCAAAACCCUGUUUUUCUGCAUUUUAGUAAGAAAAUGCUAAAUAGGGAGAAAUCAGCUUUCAGGUCCUGGGAGCUUCCCAAUUUUGAGCUUGUUAGUAGUUUUAACUGUUUUCUCUUCAUUAGUAAUGAAAAUAAAUUCCAAGUGCAAGGCCAUGAAGCAAA